AUGGCUGUAGAGCGCAUCGGUUCCAUCAUCAAGCACUUGGCCCCUGGGUCGUCGCUGAAUCAAAUCCAGUCCAAGAACCCUGAUGACAUCGUCAUCACGCUGGCGGUUCGAACGCCGCUCACCAAGGCUAAAAAAGGUGGCUUCAAGGAUACCAGCCUCGAGUACAUGAUGUACGCGCUCCUCAAACAAGUUCGCGAGCGCUGCAACCUGGAUCCUGCUCUCGUUGAAGAUAUCUGCUUCGGUAACGUCUCUGAUGGCAAAGCGGCCUACAAGCUUCGUGCCGCUGCCCUUUCCGCUGGCUUCCCCAACACUGCUGGUGCCAGCACCGUCAAUCGAUUCUGCUCAUCGGGUCUAAAGGCGAUUGCCGACAUUGCCCACUCCAUUUCCAACAACUCCAUCGAAAUCGGUAUUGCGGGCGGCGCCGAGUCCAUGUCCGUUGGUGGCGACCGUCCCGAUGCCCCUUUUGACGAGGCUGUCCUGUCCGCCAGUCAAGAGGCUGCUGACUGCAUGCAGCCCAUGGGAUGGACCAGCGAAAAUGUUGGCCGCGACUUCAAUCUCUCCCGAGAAGAGUUGGACAAGUACUCUGCCACCAGUUUCCAGCGUGCCGAGGCCGCUCAAAAGGCUGGCUGGUUCGAUGACGAGAUUGUACCCAUAACCACCAAGGUCAAGGGCCCCGAUGGUGAGGUCAAGGAAGUCACUCUGACGAGGGAUGAGGGUAUUCGACCCGGUACUACGGCUGAGGGCCUCGGCAAGAUUCGAGCCGCUUUUCCUCAAUGGGGUAACUUGACUACAGGUGGCAACGCCAGUCAAGUCACUGACGGUGCCUCGGCCGUCAUUCUUAUGAAGCGGUCAACUGCCGUCAAGCUCGGCCAGCCCAUUCUAGCCAAGUAUGUCGGCUCGACUGUUGCAGGCCUUGCUCCUCGUAUCAUGGGUAUCGGCCCCAGCGUCGCUAUUCCCAAGUUGUUGUCCAUCCACAACCUCUCUUUGGCAGAUGUCGACGUUGUCGAGAUCAACGAGGCCUUUGCUACCAUGGCCGUCUACUGCCGUGAUAAGUUGCAAGUGGAUUGGGAGAAGAUGAACCCUCGCGGUGGUGCCAUUGCCUUGGGCCACCCUCUGGGAACAACUGGUGCUAGACAAGUUGUGACGGGCUUGAGUGAACUGCGCCGUCGGAAAAGGAAGGUUCUUCUCACCUCCAUGUGUAUUGGAACCGGCAUGGGUAUGGCUUCCCUUUGGGUUAAUGAAGCAUGA